CUGGGCUCAUCCUGCCUGCCCUCUCAGCCCAUAAGCCUGGCACAAUGAAGUGGGCCACCUUCCUCUCCCUCCUCUGCAUCUUUGCCUCUGCUUACUCCCGGGGUCUGUUUCGACGAGAUGCACACAAAAGUGAAAUCGCCCACCGGUUUAAUGAUGUAGGAGAAGAUCACUUCAAAGGCCUGGUCCUAGUUACCUUUUCUCAGUUUCUCCAGAAAUGCCCCUAUGAGGAACAUGUAAAUUUAGUGAAAGAAGUAACUGACUUUGCGAAAGCAUGCGUUGCCGAUGAGUCAGCUCCCAACUGUGACAAAUCCCUCCACACUCUAUUUGGAGACAAGUUGUGUGGCAUUCAGAAGCUCGGAGAACACUACCCUGAACUGGCUGAAUGCUGCACAAAACAAGACCCUGAGAGGAUGGACUGCUUACAGAAGCACAAAGACGAGACCCCAGAACUGCCCCUAUUAGUGAGGCCAGAGGCUGACGCCAUGUGCACUGCCUUCCAAGAAAAUGAGAAGAAGUUCAUGGGCCAGUAUUUACAUGAAGUUGCCAGGAGACACCCUUACUUUUAUGGCCCAGAGCUCCUGUACUACGCUGAGAAGUAUAGGGACAUCGUGGCCGAGUGCUGCCAAGCUGCAGAUAAGGCAGCCUGCCUCACCCCUAAGCUUGAUGAGCUGAAGGAAAAGGCCUUGGCUGCAGCCGCGUACCAGAGACUCAAGUGCUCCAGCCUCGAGAAAUUCGGAGACCGCGCCUUCAAGGCCUGGUCCGUAGCUCGUCUGAGCCAGAAAUUCCCCAAAGCUGACUUUGCAGAAGUUUCCAAACUGGUAAAUGACUUGACUAAGGUCACCAAGGAGUGCUGCCAUGGCGACAUGCUCGAGUGUGCAGAUGACAGGGCGGAGCUUGUCAAGUAUGUCUGUGAGAACCAAGACUCCAUCUCCAGUAAGGUGAAGGAGUGCUGUGCCAAGCCCCUGCUGCAAAAGUCCCACUGCAUCACCGAGGUGGAAGAGGACGACAUGCCCGCUGAGCUGCCUUCGCUGGCUGUCGACUUCGUGGAGGAUAAGGACGUCUGCAAGAACUACGCCGAGGCGAAAGAUGUCUUCUUGGGCACGUUUUUGUAUGAAUAUGCGCGAAGGCACCCUGAUUACUCCGUCGUCCUGUUGCUGAGACUGGCUAAGGAAUAUGAGAAAACGCUGGAAAGGUGCUGUGCCGAGGCUGACCCCCACGCCUGCUACGCCAAAGUGUUUGAUGAUUUUGCCCCUCUUGUGGAAGAGCCUAAAAACCUAGUCAAACAGAACUGUGACCUCUAUGAGCAGCUGGGAGAGUAUGGAUUCCAGAAUGCAUUGGCAGUUCGUUAUACCAAGAAGACCCCUCAGAUGUCAACCCCCACCCUGGUGGAGGCCGCAAGGAACCUAGGAAGAGUGGGCACCAAGUGCUGUAAGGUUGCUGAAGGAAGGAGGCUGCCUUGUGUGGAAGACUACCUGGCCGUCGUCCUGAACCGCCUGUGUGUGCUGCACGAGAAGACCCCCGUGAGUGAGAAAGUCACCCAGUGCUGCUCCGGCUCCCUGGUGGACAGGCGGCCAUGCUUCUCUGCGCUGCAAGUUGAUGAGACCUUCGUCCCCAAGGAGUUCAACGCCGAGACCUUCACCUUCCAUGCCAACAUCUGCACCCUCCCAGAGAACGAGCAGCGCGUCAAGAAGCAAACGGCACUGGUGGAACUGGUGAAGCACAAGCCCAAGGCCACCGAGGAGCAGCUGAAGACCGUGAUGGGAGACUUCUCGGCCUUCCUGGCCAAGUGCUGCGCGGCUGAUGACAAGGAGGCCUGCUUUGCUGCUGACGGUCCACAACUUGUUGCUAAAAGCCAAGCCGCCUUAGCCUAGGAACAUCAUAACCACAAGCAUCUCAGUCUACUCCGAGAAAAAGAGAGGCACGCAGACUUGGAGCUUACCCAUCUUUCCUUUCUGUUGGUGGAAACCCAACAACUUUGUCUAAGGAACCACAAUUGUCUUUAAACAAUGACCUCUAUUUUCUGUGCUGCAACUAAUAAAAAUGAUAAGAAUGUAA